CGAUAUCCGGUAAACGUCAAUAGUGUAGUGUGCCUACAAUGAAUAAUAAUUGAUAAGACACAGUCUUGACACAAUAAAUUGUUGAUUGUUCGCGAAAACAAAGUGUUUGCAUAUUUAUUUGCACAACUAUAUUAAUAUUUCAUCAUUGUGUAAAACAAUUGUGGUAAAAUACCUGAACAAAGGAGCCAAAGCUGUUGCUCAAAGUGAAUUAUUGGUGUUUAUUAAUUGUGGUGAAAGUGUCGAAAUGUUUAUUGGAUGGCAAAUGCAUGAUAAUCAUGCAUUCGACGAAAUUAAGAAUUAAAAUUCUGUGACAAAAGACCAUUAUUUUUAUGUGGAGGGUAUAAAUAGCUGAAUAAAGAAAAUGUUGCCUUACAUUAGCGAUUCAAGGGAAGAAUUGGUUGAUUCUGAUGUGUUAUAUUCAUAUGAAAAGCUAAACAAUAUAAAAUGGUACGAUCGGAUCCUAUUAAAUAGGCCCUUGAAAGUCAUACUAGUAUUCCUACUUAUAGGAAUAGCAGCUCCAGUGCUCCUGUACCACUUUUACUUCUUCACAGCUCUAAAUCUUCCACCAUCUGAUGGAUUUUCCAUAGGAUCCUGUUUGAUUCCGAGAGAAACUAGACUCGCGUGUGGCGUUGGCCAGAUGACUUCGGAAGAAUGUCACCCUCAAUGCUGUUAUGACCGCAAUUUAAACAUGUGCUUCCACAGGAUUCCUUCAAGAUUUUCCUACAUCUUAGAUCAGCAGUGGAGUGAAGAUAUUGUCUUGCAUCCCAGAAUAGCAACAGUUCCGUUUUCGAAUCAGAAUAGCGUACGGCAAUUAAGGCUUUCCAUCAGUGAAGAAUCCGCCACACACAUGGUUCUAACGUUCUACAAUUCACAAAACAUGUCCAUAUCUGGUAAACGUAUCGUUGACAAGGAAUAUUCUUACGAAGUUGGGUCUCCAGAAAUAAAUGUAGUUGUCAACGCAUCACAAGGCACCAUCUUUGAUACUGCACGAGGACCAUUGAUUGCAUCUGAAAACAUUUGGGAGAUUGCUUUUAAACUGACAAAUGAGACCAUGUAUGGCUUUGGAGAAAUACCUUUAAGGAAAAACACGACAAAAGUCAUAUACAGUCACUAUGGAGAUAUGAGUUCUAUACCACUGAUAUUUGCCAAAAUUAACACAUCGUUUCAUGGACUAUUGAUCGAUGUGAGUGAGCCUACCGAAAUCUUAAUCCACCCCGGCAAUCAAAUUGUCGUGCGUAGUAUAACAAAUUUCGGUUUGAAAUUUCAUUUGUUUGUCGGCCCCGAGCCAAAGAGGAUUAUGGAAGACGUGAUGAAAAUGAUAGGACAUUAUAAACAACUGGAAUAUUGGAUGCUGGGAAUCCAUGUCUGUAGUGAAGUUCCAGAUCUAGACUUGGAUAGUUUCAUAUACGAUGCCACGAGUAAUCAGAUGCCAUUCGACAGCCAUUGUGGUCAUAGGCCUAUAGUCUUCAACAGCGAUCAAUGCAAGACAAGCAAUAUUAGUAAUAUCGAUGCAGUGAACAGUGGAGCAAAUAUUGUCAAAGAAGCUGGUAAAAGAUUUGUGCCCCAUGUGUCUCCUUAUAUACGUCACUUCGAAGAAGAAAUUAAUGAGACGAUGACUGAAGAUGGAAAUGCAACAACAAAACGCAUUGAUAAAGAAGGUUGUGAAAUCAUACCGACUUACGAGGAAUUCAUGUAUCGUAGACCAAAUACUCUAGAAAUAUACAAAGGAGAGGAGAAUAACGGUACUGAAGUGAUAUAUCCAAGCUAUAAAGAUGCUCCUGAUGAAUUUUUAAAUGACUUGUGGGCUUAUGACAAGUUUGACGGUUUGGUCCUACAAAAUAACUGGCCGUUAGACAAAUCGGAUAAACUAAUUAAUGAAACUGCCACAUAUUUGCCAUAUUUCAGUGAGCAUUUAGAAAAUGCCUUUGCCAAAACACCACAAUGGAACUUAACACUUAUUAAUGAUAGUGAAUUGUAUCUUUUCAAACAUAAUACUUACGGAAAUGAUUUCGCCCAAGCGUUUGCCAAGAAAGUCAAUACAGCACCAAUAUGGUCCAGUAGUCUAUGGAUGAAUGGCGGCAUGGCGAUCAACAGACAAAAUAUAGACGCAUCUUGGACGAAUUUACAUAGAGAACUAAUUGCAGCAGCUUUGGGAGGAAUUUCUGGUCACUGGCAAUGGUCGAGUCCAGUUUGUGGUGACACCGAGAACUUUAACCAAACAACACAAUCAAGUCUCUGUAUUAAAUGGUACUUGGCAGCGACUUAUUUUCCUAUGAUGAAGAUACACUCCAAAGAAUUCAUGAGAUACCCAUCAGCAUUUAAUGGAACACAAAGAAGUAUUAUAAUAGGAGCGUUAAAUCGGAGACUUGGAUUUUUGCCGUACUUUUAUACUACACUUCAAGAAGGUCCUUUACUUCGUCCGAUGUUCUAUCAGUUCCCCUCUUCUGAAGCUCUGCAUGAUAUUAACACUCAGUUUAGUGUGGGAGACAAUCUAUUGAUAGCUCCCAAUUUAACACCUGUGCAAAGUCAUGUACAUAUGUGGUUACCGCCGGGAAUCUGGUAUGAACUUUGGAGUGGGCUCAAGCUAGAGGGUGACGAAGGUGAUCCAGUUACCAUGAUGACAGCAGAAGCAGAUUUCCUAACGUUUAUCAGAGGUGGUUCAAUAUUAAUUUAUCAAAAGGAAGCAGAACAAACUGCCGAAAACACUCAAUACCUUACCCCGUUCUCUCUUAUUAUCGCACUGGAAUGUAUCACUAACAACGAAACUACGACUACGUUAUGCCAAGCAUCAGGAAAACAGUUCAUUUCAAAGAAUAUGACCUUAAUUUUUGUGGCCAAUGAUACAAACUUGACCAUCACGGCUGAUGGUAAUGACUUUGACCCAAUAUGCGAUAUGGGAAGUCAAAUCUGGGCUGAUAAUAUCCGGAAUAUAAAUAUAUAUGGACUGGACGAGGAUUUUAAUAACUACGAUAAUCAUAGACAAAUUAACACAUUCGUAGACUUGUGCCAAUUGGUUGAAGAAUUUGGCCAUGAAGAAAUUGUAAUUAAUUUACUGUCAUAACUUUAAAUCUUCGACGUUUUGCCAGCGAAUCAUAAAAGUUGCUAUUUUAUUAAAACUAUUUAUUAUAUACGUACUAAAAA